AUUGUUAUUAACGUUAAUUCUUAAAGAAAGUGCUGCAGCUGGUCAGUCAGAGUGACUGGUCAUGUCUUCAGAUUGGGUCCAUUGCAAUAAGUGUAUGAGUAGACCUUCAGCUAAUGUUAGGCUAGCUCUUGCUAGCUGUGGUCACUUGGUCUGUAGGCCAUGCACUAACGGCUCAACUGACUCCUGCCCAGUUUGUCUUAUGAAGUGUGCCUUUGUGGCUCUAGUCCAUCCGCUACCUCCUCCAAUUGUAAUUUAUUUCCAAGAUCCACUAUCUGUGGCUCAAAGAUUAGCUCAAAUUUACCAAUUUCAGGAAGAUAAUCGUAUAAGAUUAUUUGAGUCAUUCUUUGUCAAGGCUAAUGAUCACUUAACACAACUUGACAAUAGGAUUGAAGCUCUAAAAAUAGAGAGGCAGUGUCUUGAACAAGAGAUACGUCAAGCAAGUAACAAUCAUUAGCAAUCUAUGGGCAGGAAGUACUUCAAAAUGUAAUUUUUAUGACAGAUCAAGUAGCAAUUCCAGAUUAUAACAAUAAUUUUAUCACAGAUAGAACAUGUCAAAUAACACACAA